CAGAAUUCUCCUCCUCCAUCUCCUGUGGAGCCAGUCUCAAGUUAGAAAUCUGAUAAGUUUUCAUCAAGCUAGGAAUUCCCUGGGCUUAAUAUCAAGCAGGAGGAUUCAGCUGUAAGGAGAGGAGCCUUCAGAAAAGAGUUGAUUCGGCUUGAGGCCUUCUAUGGGUUUACUUUCCUCUAACUUUUAAAGUGCGAUGCCCCAGCUUCAUUGACACAAAGACGUUCCUAAUCUUAUUGGUGAACAGGCAAGACAGUCUGAGCCCAGUCAUGGAGGACUAUGAUAUCAGGUCUGCUGCCAGCAUUUUGGCAUCCGUUAAGGAGCAAGAGGCUCGUUUUGAGCGCCUCACCCGGGCCCUCGAAGAAGAGCGGCGCAAUGUCUCCUUGCAACUCGAACGCGCCAAUCAGCCCUCCGACCGAGUGACCAUGUGCAACAUUGGCAGUGCUCAGCCCCUGGCAACCGCCUGGCAGCAGCUGGUCCUGCAGGAGCAAAGCCCCAGCAACCAGACGUCAAUAGCAAUGAUGCAGGAGCCCCAGGAAAUGGUGGAAGAGACUGUAACUGUGGAGGAAGACCCUGGAACCCCGACGUCCCACGUUUCCAUUGUGACUUCAGAAGACGGGACCACGAGGAGGACCGAGACCAAGGUGACGAAAAUGGUCAAAACUGUCACAACCAGAACUGUCCGGCAGGUCCCCGUUGGGCCUGACGGGCUCCCUGUGAUGGACGGAUCGUCUCCCAUGGGCAGCUACACUGACUCCAUAGACAGGAGACACAUGAAGAAUGGGGAGCGGUACAUCACACCGCAAGCUUCUUCCACCUUGACCCGCUCUUACAACAGCUACGACUCCUACCCCGAUGGUCACGACAGCCAAUACCGCCCAUUCAUGGGCCACGACGGUUACGGGGACCUCCCCGACAACUACGGCAGCUUGUCCCGGGGCGUCAAUUACCGCCCGCGCUAUGGCUACGUCCCCGGGAACAGUUACCGGCCGGAGGAUGGUAGCUUCACGUUGCCAAGCAGAAGGGAUAACUACGGCCCGCUGCCCCAACCCCAGGUCCCGACGGGGAGCAACGUGGACCUGAACCGCUCCCAGCCAGAACGAUUCCAACCGGAGCCAUACGGGCUCGAGGAUGAUAACCGCAGCCUCGGGGUUGACGACGAGGGGUACGAGCUGGAUCCGGAGUAUUCGACGGUGAACCGUCGGACAUCGGCCGGGAUGCCUGAGAGAGGAAGACCUCACAAGACAAGCAGGGGUUACGAUGACCCGAUUGAGACCGAGAUCGUCGACGAGAGGAUCCCCUAUCUGCAUGGCAGCUAUGCGGCGCCCUUGGCGCAGCCCGAACGGGGGAGUAUGGCCAGCAUUGACCGCCUGGGCAAGCGCUCUCCUUCCAUUGACAGCAUCCGCAAGGACCCCCGCUGGCGGGACCCUGACCUCCCAGAAGUCAUUGCCAUGCUCAGCCACCCCAUCGACCCGGUCAAGUCCAACGCGGCAGCAUAUCUCCAGCACUUGUGCUAUGAGAACGACAAAAUCAAGAAGGACGUGAGGCACCUCAAAGGCAUCCCCAUUUUGGUGGGCCUGUUGGACCACCCCAAGCCCGAAGUGCACCGCAAGGCUUGUGGGGCGCUCAGAAACAUAUCCUAUGGGAAGGAUAAUGAGAACAAGGUGGCGAUAAAGAACUGCGAUGGGAUCCCGGCUUUGAUCAGGUUGCUGCGGAAGACGAACGACAUGGAAGUUCGGGAGCUCAUAACAGGCACCCUCUGGAACCUGUCCUCCUACGAGCCCCUCAAAAUGGUGAUCAUUAACCACGGUCUACAGACCCUGACCAACGAAGUGAUCAUCCCCCAUUCCGGCUGGGAGAACGAGCCAAACGAAGACUCGAAGCCUCGAGACGCCGAGUGGACAACCGUCUUCAAGAACACGUCAGGAUGUCUGAGGAAUGUCAGUUCGGAUGGAGCGGAAGCGCGCAGGAGGCUGCGGGAAUGCGACGGCUUGGUAGACGCCCUCCUUCAUGCCCUGCAGUCUGCGGUGGGCAAGAAAGACACGGAUAACAAGUCUGUGGAGAACUGUGUGUGCAUCAUGAGGAACCUCUCUUACCACGUCCACAAAGAAGUCCCGGGAGCUGACAAAUUCCAGGAGCUAGAAGCAAAUCAACUUGGAGGCCUGGGAGGAACUCAGAAGAAGAAGAAGGACGACGCGGGCUGCUUUGGAGGGAAGAAGGCCAAAGAGGAGUGGUUCAAUCAAGGGAAGAAGAACGGAGAUGUGGACAGAAACUUUGAUACACUGGAUUUACCUAAGCGGUCUGAGUCAGCAAAAGGUUUCGAGUUGCUCUACCAGCCCGAAGUGGUGAGGCUUUAUCUGUCGAUUCUCACCGAAAGCCAGAAUUUCAACACUCUGGAAGCAGCAGCAGGAGCUUUGCAGAACCUCAGUGCCGGAAACUGGACAGUGAGUGAUUGGUCCACGUAUAUCCGGGCGACAGUGCGAAAGGAGAGAGGCCUUCCAGUCCUCGUGGAGCUCCUCCAGUCCGAUUCUGACAAAGUGGUGAGAGCCGUGUCCAUCGCUCUGAGGAAUCUCUCCAUGGAUCGCCGCAAUAAGGAUCUCAUAGGUAGUUAUGCCAUGGGGGAGCUAGUGAGAAAUUUACCCAGCAAGCAACAGAGGUCUUCGAAAAACCUGGAGGAGGACACUGUGGUUGCAGUCCUGAAUACCAUCCAUGAAAUCAUUACCGACAGCGUGGAAAAUGCCAGGUCCCUGAUCCAGACGCAAGGAAUUCAGAAGCUGAUUGCUAUCAGCAAAUCGAGCCAGUCUUCCAGGGAAACGAAAGCAGCCUCUCACGUCCUUCAGAUGACCUGGAGCUACAAAGAGCUACGGAGCGUUUUGCAGAAGGAAGGCUGGAACAAAUCCCAUUUUCAGUCUGCGUCUGCGACUCCUAAGGGAUCCAAAGGCACCUCUUGCAAGUCUGGCUAUGACGACAGCACCCUGCCUCUCGUGGAUAAAAGUCAAGAUAACGAGAAGACCGGAAGUCGGGAUAUGAUUCCUAUGGAUGAACUCGGGCCAGAUGGCUACUCGACCAUCGAUCACCGGGAGAAAGAGCGAAAAUACAAAGCCAACGACAACAUGGGGGACGCGUCAGAGAAAGAACCACUAAAAAAUGACACAAAUAGGAAAACCAUUAACAGGAGUAACAGGGCUUCGGUGACUCUGGUGGAUGCCCGUGACCCUAAACCCCAGCCUGUUGACUCCUGGGUCUAAUUUGCAUGCAUGGGCUAAAGUCCUGCCGCUUGUUUUGUUAUUGUUAUUAUUAUUUUUCCUCAACUAAAAAAGAAGAAGACGACUCAACAAACAGGAUCUCAUUAAUUAACCAUCACUGCCAUUCAGAUAUGGAAAAGCCUUGGCGCUUGCGUCGGUGGAACCAACCAACCAGGCUGCAGAUUCUCUAUGGGGCAGGGACAGGGCGACGGACCAUCAGCCAAUCCCAGAGCAGCAUGCCUUACAGCAGGGACCGUUCUGCUUUUUAAGAACCAAUCACAUUCCCGCCCAACAAAUCUCCCUGCCCUUUCAAACUUCCGCACAGAAAGGCGCAAAACAGUUCCUCCAAGCUUAUGUCGGACAGGUUUGGUUCUUAGCUGACUCUUCUAUGUGGAUGGUGCCAAGUUACGAGUUGAAGGUCAUGAGAUGGGUAAGGAGAAGAAGAAUGAGAAGUUUUUAAAAAAGAGAAAGAAUUCACAUGUGGGAAGAAAAAGUGCAGAAUAUUCGGAGUAUAUCUUAGGUAUAGUCAUAAAAA